CCGCAUUCGGAGUGUGUUGUUGUGCCUCUAGUCAGGCGGCCGGACUGUAGCCGCUGAAGAUGAUGGAGCAUUCGGCGUCCGACUCAGAAACUGAAGAUCAUGUCCAGCCUUUACUACGGCGGAAAGACACCGGAGACAUUAAGAAAGCUCCUGCAUGCUGCUCCUCACGAUACGGGUUGGCCUUUUUGUCCUGUUAUGGCUUCUUUGUGGCAUAUGCCCUCAGGGUGAACCUUAGUGUGGCAAUGGUAGACAUGCUGAAAAACAGUUCCAGUGCCAGCAACAGUUCCUCCGUCUGCCCUCAUCAUAAAAUCCCUGUGCCCAAACACAAUCACACUGCCAGGGUGUAUGAUUGGGAUUCAGAGACUCAGGGCUGGAUCCUGGGCUCUUUUUUCUAUGGAUAUAUACUUACGCAGAUACCAGGUGGCUACUUUGCACGCAAGUAUGGUGCCAAGUGGCUCUUUGGUAUUGGCAUCCUUUGCACUGUUAUCUUCACCCUGCUGACUCCAGUGGCCGCUGAUCUGGGAGCUGGUUAUCUCAUAGCUGUCAGGGUGUUGGAAGGCAUUGGGGAGGGAGUGUCAUAUCCUGCUAUGCAUGCGAUGUGGGCAUCAUGGGCUCCACCUCUGGAGAGAAGUCGACUGCUCACUAUCUCUUACACAGGUGCUCAGCUGGGAACUGUAGUGGCCCUUCCUCUGUCUGGCCAGAUAUGUUUUUAUCUAGACUGGACGUAUGUCUUUUAUAUAUUUGGAGCUGUUGGGCUUCUUUGGUUUUUCCUUUGGGCUUGCUUUGUCAGUAACAGUCCCAGCGAACACAAAAGGAUAACGGAAGCUGAGAAGACUUACAUAAUGGCAUCUUUAAAAAAUGAACUGUCCCCAGCCACAGAUUACAUCCCAUGGACAUCAAUUCUCAAGUCUUUGCCUUUAUGGGCCAUAGUUGUGGCACACUUCUCUUACAACUGGACAUUUUACACUCUGCUGACUCUCUUACCCACCUACAUGAACGAUAUUCUCGGAUUCAGCAUCCAGCAGAAUGGGAUGCUCUCGGCUUUGCCAUACCUUGGUUGUUGGUUGCUGGCUUUGCUGGGUGGACAGCUGGCAGACCUCCUGAGAGAGAAAUACCUUUUCCGCACUGUAAUUGUGCGUAAGGCAUUCACCAUAGUAGGAAUGAUGGGACCAGCCGUCUUCCUGGUGGCUGCUGGCUACACUGGCUGUAACUAUGUCUUGGCUGUAGCCUUCCUUUCCAUUUCUUCCUCUCUAGGCGGCAUUUCAGCCUCUGGAUUUAACAUCAACCAUUUGGACAUUGCUCCCUCAUAUGCUGGGAUAUUGCUCGGGAUCACAAACUCAUUUGCCACUAUACCAGGCAUGGUGGGCCCUGUAAUAGCAAGAUCUCUGACUAAAUCUAACACCAUUCCAGAGUGGCAAAUUGUCUUCUACAUCUCUGCAGCAAUCAAUAUAUUUGGAGCUAUUUUCUUCACAAUAUUUGGCCAGGGCACAGUCCAGCCUUGGGCUGUCCAGAGAAUACACGUCCAAUGAAGCACAUCUACCGUUAGCCAUGUCCAAAAGGCCGAGGGGACGUACCUGUUGUAAAUUCCAUAGAAAUCUUAGCAGUAGUUGUAUAUGGUUUGCAAACUAAUGAAUAUUGCACAAUCCAAUGUUGUUGUGACCUUUGCCUUUUUUAAUUGGUAAUUUCUGUGUUUGUUAUACAUCAUUAGUUUUCUGACAAUUUUUAUUUUAUUAAACAAAGGUGCGAUAAUUGAAGGGAAGAAUAAACGUAUACCCUGGUGAAAAAACAGCAUAUGCUGGUAGGUAUGUUUUGCUGCUGGGAUGCUGGUUAGCUAUGUUUUGAUGCUGGUUUAAGCUGGUCCUUUGCUGGUUUAUGCUGGUCCUUGACCAGCAACAUGACCAGCUAAGACCAACUUAAACCAGCAUCAAAACCAGCAUCCCAGCAUCAAAACAUACCUACCAGCAUAUGCAGUUUUUUUCACCAGGGUAUUCAUGGUACAUCCAGUCAUGAUAAGAAGACAAAAGUUUUGAUCGCAUAUCCAGUGUAGUCCAAUUCACUCUUGUGAGCGAGUCUGUUUAGCGAAUGAAAACCUUGUGUGAAUCAUUCAGAGCAGUUACUGAAUUCUCGAAAUAUUGAAUCUGGCUCGCUUACAGAACCGCAAGUAAACUUAUGAAUUUUAUUUCUAAUUUAAGUCUGUUUUGUUAAAAAAAAAAAUAAUCUCAUCAUUUGGCAAAGGAAAACGAGGCAAAACAAAAAUGAUUUUUGUUGAUUUUACUCAAAUCUAACCAACUAAUCAAUUGCAACUGGAAUCAAUUGGAAUCUUUUGCGAUUAAAUUUGCCUUAUUAUAGCCCUAUAUUUCUUACCCUUGCUCAAGCAAAAGGCCUUAAAUGGGGUUAUGGUUUAAUUUGUGUCUGGAUGUUACAUUUUAGCCUUUUUGUACACUAUGUCUGAUUUAUGUUUACAUUUUUUAAUUCUUUGUGCAAUCGUUACUGAGUAAAACAAAAUGAAAACAUCCGUGUAAACACUAUAUGUUGCAUAAUCUGUUUUCAAUACAUGCAUUAUCAACUGUCAAAUAUCUGUAUGUCUAAUAAAAAUUAUUGCACUCGUUUA